UACUCUUUGAUGCUGGAUGUAACUACAUUGAAUAGGACCUAUAUGAAUGAGACUGCAAGAUUGCGGACAUGAUUGUUGUAGAUGAGAAUUUUGAUCCUCUGAUCGCACCUUCUACGUUACAGUCACAAUCUAGUAACGUCGUAAUUUUAAAGAACCUAGUUUUUCUAAACGAUGACAGCAGCAUUGGAAUCACACACGGAGCUGAAGAGCCCUUACCGCUACAAGACGUCACAUUUACCGGGCAGGAGAACUCGCAACAAACAGAAACUCCACCAGCUUUAACUGAAAAAGGAACAGUAAGAACACGAAAACCUAAGACUGCUACCAAAGAUAAGUUGCAACUGAAAAUGGAACAAGCUCUACGAAACCGUUACGUUAGACCAGGAUGCGGAGACCUAUGUAAAUUAGAACGUAUCAAAAAAAUCAACCAAGAAAGAAGAGUCACUUUAAAUAAUGAUUUCUGGAAAAUGGAUUGGGCAUUGCAUAAAUCUUUCAUUUUAUCCUACUGUGAGAAGAGGGAAGUUAAAAGGAAAACGAUCAAGGGCCCACCUUCGCAACGAACGAUGACUAACAUAUAA